AUGGCCCCCCCAACUAAAUAUAAAACCGAUGCGGCUAAGCUUCAGGCUAUGAGAGCCAAGCGUUCCCGGUACUACACUAAGUGCCGUGAGGAGAUCCUUGCAAAGAGAAGAGAGAAAUACCACCUCAACAAAAACCGUCGAAAGGACGAUGACAGCAGCGACAACAAGGGUGCGGGUGACAACUUGGAUAAGGGCAACGAUGGCAGUGACGAGUGUGCGAGCGAUGACGAUGAAUCAAUAGGGACAUUAGAUGAAUGUAUUGCCGUGGUGAAGUAUGCUAAAGACGACUUCAUGGCGCACAUCAAAUCUCCGCAAAUAUUCACCUUGGGCGUCCUUGCCGAAUACACGAAAGUCUAUCCCAGAUGCUCCCGGAACUCACGGGGAUAG